AUGGGGUUUCCACUGUUCUCUACUGGGAAGAUCAGCGGGACCAAAGCAGCGAAGCUCAAAGCCAGUUUCAGCCUGCUCCAUGACACCUUGAAAAGCUCUCAGCAGUCAGAGAUCUGUCUGUGUCUGUCUGUGACCCCCAUCUCCCCACCCCAGCUCUCAGCAGUCAGAGAUCUCUCUGUGUCUGUCUGUGACUCCCAUCUCCCCACCCCAGCUCUCAGCUCUCAGCAGUCAGAGAUCUGGCUGUGUCUGUCUGUGACUCCCAUCUCCCCACCCCAGCUCUCAGCACUCUCAGCAGUCAGAGAUCUGGCUGUGUCUGUCUGUGACUCCCCAUCUCCCCACCCCAGCUCUCAGCAGUCAGAGAUCUCUCUGUGUCUGUCUGUGACUCCCAUCUCCCCACCCCAGCUCUCAGCAGUCAGAGAUCUGGCUGUGUCUGUCUGUGACCCCCAUCUCCCCACCCCAGCUCUCAGCAGUCAGAGAUCUGGCUGUCUCUCAGCAGUCAGAGAUCUGGCUGUGUCUGUCUGUGACUCCCCAUCUCCCCAUCCCAGCUCUCAGCAGUCAGAGAUCUCUCUGUGUCUGUCUGUGACUCCCAUCUCCCCACCCCAGCUCUCAGCUCUCAGAGAUCUGGCUGUCUCUCAGCAGUCAGAGAUCUGGCUGCUGCAGGAGGCCAAGCGGUUCAGAGCAGAGCUGGAGCGCCAGCAGAGAGAUCUGGAGGAGGCUGAGCAGUUCCCUGAGGGGCCGGACACAGAGGUCAGCCGCAUGAGACAGCAGCUCCUCAAGUUCCACAACGACCUGCGACAGGCAGAGGAGAGGGACUACCAGAUGAACUACCAGCUAGAGUGUCUCACAGAAGAGAAGCUUUGCCUGGAGAAGGAGUAUGAGACUCAACCCAAACCAGUUGAGCUGGAGAAGCGUGCGAAGGCCCUGAAGGACAGCAGUGAGGAGCUGAGGAAGGAGGUGUCUCAGAGGAGACAGGAGAUACACAGCUUGCUGGAGGACGUGGAGGCCAGACACAAACUGAUGACCAGGGAGCAGAGAGAACUGGACCACAAGAAGGACAUCAUAGUAAACAACCAGGCUGAGUUGGCCCAGCUUCUGUCUGUGCCUGGCCAGCUGGGGAAGGAGAUUGAGAGGAUCAACAGGAAGAAGAUGGACGUUGAGAAAAGUAAGGCGGCCCUGGACGAGCAGCUGUCUGAGGUGGCGGCUCUGCAGAAGAUGACGGAGGCCCGCUGUCGCUCCCUGGAGGAGGAGAAGAGGGAGGUGAGGAGGCAGGUGGAGGGGCGCAGGGCACACCUGGAGGCUGCCGAGAGGGAACACAGCAUGCUGCAGAAAGAGCAGGAGAUGACCAAGGAGAAGGAGGUCAUUAUGAUGGGACAGAGAGGUAUGCUGGACAUCAAUACAGGCCACUGCAUCAUGGAAAGGAAGAGCGUGCAUGAGAACCUGGCACGAAAGCAGCGUGAGAGGGACCGGCAGCUCAGAGAGCUGAAGAAGGUGGAGCUGCAGCUCAAAAUGGCCCAGGAUGCACUGGUCCACACUCAGCUACUGCAUGACAAGACCAAGUAUACGAGGGAUGCCAAACCCAAAAGUGACAGGAUUCUAAAGACGAGACAGGAGAUACAGUUAGAAGUGGACAAGCUGAAGAGAAACUUGAUUCAUCAGCAACCAGUAGCUGAGGUGGAGACCCAGCUGAUAGAACAGUGUGUGGAACAGGAGAAGGAGCUGAUGAGACAGUCUCACAGACACAGAGAGGAGCUCCACACCCUCUGUUGUCUGACUCAGAUCAAAGCUGAUGAGAGAGAGCAGAAGUCCAGGGACCGCCACAGGGCUGAGCAAAGAUACAAUCGCAUCAAGCAAGAGGUGAGAGGCAAGAGUCUGGUGAUCCAUGAACUCAAGAAGCAGAACCAGGAGGUCCAGUCCAGGCUUGGUGUGUUUGCCAAGCUGUACGACAACAUCAAGGGUGAUAGGAACAAGUGUAUGAACCUGAUCCAGAUGGCCUCCCAGAGAACAGCUGAGAUGAGAGAGAAGUUCAAGAUCCUGGACAACGAGAUUGAGAUCCUCAGAACCAACGCCAUCAACAAAGAGAAGCUGCUCCAGAAGUCCCGUCUGAAGCACUUCCACAGCCACACCGUCAGAGACAGCCUGAGGAGCGACAUCUCCAAGGUGACCCAGGGGCUUCAUGAGAUGAGACAGAAGAGGGAGGAGCAGAAGCUGAACCUGGGCCGGCUGACCCACAUGAUCAACUACCAUGAACAGAACCUGCUACAGAUGAGGAAGAGCCACGACAACGCCGUGCAGAGUCGCAAUGACAGGUGA